AAGAAGAAACGGGUCACGUGACAUCCGAAGCUAGCAUGUUUGUUGAACUUGGAGCUGCUGUGUUCGGGUCUGCGAGCAGAAUCUUGUAGUUGUUCCAGUCAGUGUCUUCAGUUCUUGUCUUGAGAUGCAGACUGCUGCUGCUGAAGAAAUAUUCUGAGUGUUUGGGAGAACCCUGGUCCGGAACCAGAGAUCGACCAGCUAGAAACAACGAACAGAACAGAACAGAACUCCCACACUUUCUUUGUAAGGAGAUUUGUACUGGACAGCAGCUCUGUAACCAGGACAGCAACUCCAGGAUGGAUCAUGGAGAGCCAGAAUCGUUGGAAUUUAAAGAGGAACUGGAGGAACCAGAACCUCCACAGAUUAAAGAGGAAUUUGAGAAACCAGAGCCUCCACAGAUUAAAGUGGAAUUUCAGAAACCAGAGCCUCCACGGAUUAAAGAGGAAUUUAGGGAACCAGAAUUUCCCUGGAUUAAACUGGAAAUUGAAGAACCAGAACCUCCACAGAUUAAAGAGGAACUUGAGGAACCAGAACCUCCAAAUAUUAAAGAGGAACUUGAGGAAACAAAGUCCCCACAGAUUAAAGAGGAACCAGAAACUCCUCAGAUUAAAGAGGAAUUUAAGGAACUAGAACUUCCCUGGAUUAAAAUAGAAAUUGAAGAACCAGAACCUCCACAGAUUAAAAAAGAUUUAAAGAUACCAGAACUUCCACUGAUUAAAGAGGAAUUUAAGGAACCAGAAUUUCCCUGGAUUAAUAUGGACAUUGAAGAACCAGAAUUUCCACAGAUUAAAGUGAAACUUGAAGAAUCAGAACCUCCACAGAUUAAAGAGGAACUUGAGGAACCAGAACCUCCACAGAUUAAAGAUGAACACAAAGAGCUCUGCAUCAGCCAGGAGGAAGAACUGCUGGUUUUAAAACAGAAGACCUGUAUAAUGAGUCAAACUGAUAAAGAAAGUUCUGACAAUAAAACAGAAUCAAAUAGCAAAGACAAUGUUUUUGAAGCGAAGAGCCGAAAUCAGGAAGGAAGCUCUAAAACCAGUAACGGGUUGUUAAAAUGUAACAUUUGUGGAAAAACCUUUCAUAAGGCCAGUUUAUUGAAGCGACAUCACAUUACUCACACAGGUGAGAGACCAUAUCCCUGCACUGUAUGUCAGAAAAGUUUUCGAAGUAAAAGUAAUAUGCAGCUCCACAUGAGAACACAUACUGAUGAAACACCAUAUUCUUGCAAAACGUGUGGAAAGGUUUUCAGAUUUCGAAGUGGUUUCAUGAUCCACACCAGAACUCACACUGGAGAAUGUGGUUAG